AUGGAUCUCGUCACCAAAUGGGGCCAUUUCAGUAAGGAAUACAAGCAAAGGAGAAAAUCCACGUCCUCCACCGAAGAACAUAAGGGCGGCGAGGAACAUAAGGGCGGCGAGGAACAUAAGGGCGGCGAAGAACAUGAGGAACAGCGGGCGUUCAACUGGCUUUUGGGAAAAUUCGGCCGUCCUCACAAUGAUCAUCCUGAUAGGAGAUCGAGUGGUGCGGGGAACAUGGCAACAGAUAUCGAUGAAUGGAGACGCAGCCAGAAGAAGUCGACUUCGUCUCAGCAAGGAGUCCCUGAUCUGAAGUCCCAGGAAGGGGUCUCGGAUUUGCGACCUCAGGAAGGUGUUUCUGAUUUGCAUCCUCAGGAAGGAAUUUCCGAUUUGCGGACUCACGAACAGGUCUCUGAUUUGCGGCGUCAAUGA